UACGAGGAAGUAAACGUUAAAGGAACGUUGAGAGCUCGGUAACCAUCUCUGCGGCGAGCCCUGUUUGCCGUGGAACAGAGCGCGCAGCCUGCAGAACCGGAGCGGAAAACAGCGGCAAUAUGGAAGACCACGAUCGGAGCGGAGGGGCGCAACGAGCACCGGCGGUGCCCGCAGACUCCCACACGGAGGUCCUCUGAGGCUAACUGCGCAGGCUCCACUCGCUCCGCGUAUCCCAGGAAGGCCGGCACAGGCGUGAGGCGGGGAGCUCCCGGGCGCAUCCAGCGGUUCUGGGUGACAGCUGCCGCGGCCGCGCGCCCGCCAUGUCGGAGACCGGCAACAGCAGCGAGUCCUCGCCGGGCGCGCGGGACCGCCGCUCGCGCGCGCAGCACGCCCAGGAGGACACGGUGGAGGCGGCGAGCGAGGGGAUCCAGCAGCUGAACAGCGGCGAGGGCGACGACAAGGAGCUCUACAGGAUGAUCCGGAGCCAGUAUCGGGAGCUCAUCUCCAGCGUGAAGCAAAAUCGAGAAAAUAUACUGAGUUCCAAAAGCAACAGGCUGACAGAAGCUUUGGAAGAGGCCAAUAGACUUUUUGAUGGAGUUUGCCGUGCACGAGAAGCUGCACUGGAUGCCCAGUUUCUUGUUAUAGCAUCCAAUAUAGGAAAGGAGAAAGCCAAUGAGUUACACUCUGAGAUGUCAGCAUUUGAUUCAACAGCAUUUGCAGAAGACUUGCUGACUUUCAUGGGUAUAAAUCGCACAGAAGUACAAGAAACUGAUGACUCUGAGGAUGUUACAGGCGGUUUUUUACCUAGUGAUGCCUGGCAGACAAUGGGAGAAGAAGCACCCAAGUACUUCAGAAGAGCACCUACUUUUCACUACAUGAUGGGAUCUUUCAAGUCUGAAUCUCCUGUACCAAAGCAACGGAUUGAGAGGCAGAAGAAAGCUAGCAGAGGAAAAGCAGAACGGGCAAUGCCUGCUCAGUUAAAAAAAAUGGAGGAGUCUCAUCAAGAAGCGACAGAAAAAGAAGUAGAGAGGAUCUUGAGAAUACUGCAGACUCAUUUUGAAAGUGAUCCUGAUACACCCAUUUACUUCUUUGAUUUUGUGAUUGAUCCGAACUCGUUUGCACGCACUGUGGAAAACAUGUUCCAUGUGUCCUUCCUUAUUAGGGAUGGUCUUGCAAAAAUGAAGCUGGAUGAAGAUGAAUUGCCAGUAAUAGAGCCUAUAAAACUCUGCCGGGGAGGGGAGGAGGACAGCAGAGCUGGAGCACGGAACCAGGUCAUCCUAAGUCUGGACCAGAAGGAAUGGAAGGAGAUUGUAGAAAUAUUUCAGAUAAAAGAAGCCAUGAUUACCCCUCUUUCUCAGAGCACUGAAGAGGACAUGGACACAGAGUAACAAUUCAGGUGCCUUAAAGAAAAUACUUCAAAACAUUUGUUUCAACAACUGCUUUAUAUGUAUAUGUUGUAAAAUUAAAUUUAUUUUUUCUGGAACAUCUCAA